UGAUGGAGAAUCAGCCGCCCCUCACAUCACCGGAUGGUUCCAGUAAUAGAAAUCCCCAUUCUCCGUAUUACCGGGAUUCCUUUCAGGAAGAUCACACCAUCCCUCACCAUCAGCAGGGUGAAGAUUUGAAUGACGGGACAGUGCCAUAUGUAGAAGAGACAUCUUCAAUGGCUGAUGACCGAUGUCUGCAGGAUAUCCCUCCAGAGAUCAGCAGAGAUGCACACCUCACCGGGAGACGCUCAGAGGAACGUUCCACCUGUAGAAUGAUCAAGGAUGAAGUUGUAGAAGAUUCUCAAGGAGAAAACCGUGUUACCCCCAAUAUCCAUCCAGGACCUUACAGUGCAGAUACAUCUAAUUCCAAGAAUUCUUUUACCAAAGAGGCACAUUCUGUUUUGCCAAGCGUCCAUUUUGGACUCCAGAAUGUGGAUAGGUCAGUCAAUCCAUCUAUUUCUGAGGAACCCUCUCCCAUGGAGUUGGAUACUAUUGGCCCAAAUAUCCCUUCAGCACUUAGCAGAUCGCCAGAUCUCUCUUUCCCCAUUGAACCUCCCGAUAAAUUGCACACUGCCCCAAAUAUCAAACACGAGCCUCAUGGAUCCCCCCACCCCACUAAUCCCCAAGAAUCUUCUCUUGAUGUAUCCUGUACUCUCUCCCCAAAUAUCCAUCAGAGGCUGCAAAAUACAGACGAUUUGCUGGAUCUCGCUAAUCCCGAGGAAUCCACUCAAGAUAAACCCCAUACUGUUUCCUCAAAUAUGAAUCUGGGGCUUCACAAUACGGAUCGACCACCAGAGUCUAAAGAAUCCUCUCCCGUUAAGUCUCGCACAAUUAACUCAAAUAUCCAUUUAGAACUUAAGAGAUCACCAGAUUCCUCUCAUCCUGAGAGAUCUUCUUCUGCUCAAUCACAGACUGAUGUAAAUAUUAAUUCAGGAGUUGAUAGUUCAGACAGAGCAGUAGAUGCCUCCAAGCCGAAGCAAUCUUCUCCUAUAAAUGCCUAUAUUUUAACUCCAAGAAUCCAUUCAGCACAUUAUGGAUCUGGAUCAUCUGCCUUUUCCUUAAGUACCCCUCCAGGAGUUCCUAGUGUGGAUAGAUCAGCAGAUCCCUCUAAUCCCAGAGAAUCUUUUGCGACCAAAUCACAUUCUGUUACCCUAGAUAUGUAUCCAGAACCCUCCAAUGUACAUGGAUCACCCGUUCCCUUAAAUCCUGAGGCAUGCCAUCCCAUGCAGUCACAAACUGCUAGUGCAGAUAUGCAUUCAGAAUGCCACAGAUCACUGGAUCCCUGUUGUGUUGGUGAAUCGUCUACUACUUCAAAUACUAUUCACGAUGUCUAUUCAGGACCUCACAAUGUGGACAGAUCACUAGAUCCUGACAAAUCGUCUGCUACAUCACAUACUAUUCCGAAUGGCAAUUCAGGACCUUACAGUGCGGAAAGAAUACCGAAUCCCUGUUCUCUUAAUAAAUCUUUUGCUACAUCACAUACUUUUUCGAAUGGCAAUUCAGGACCGCACAGAUCGCUAGAUCCUGACGAAUCUUCUGCUACAUCACCUAUUUCACAUGUGAAUCCAGGACCUCACAGUGCAGAAAGAUUACCUGAUCCCCAUUAUCUUGACAAAUCUUUUGCUACAUCACCUACUACUAUUCCACAUGUCAAUUCAGUAACUCACAGCGUGGACAGAUCACAAGAUCCCUGUUAUCCUCAGGAAUCUUCAGCUACAUCACACACCAUUGCAAAUGUCAAUUCAGGACCUCACGGUGCAGAAAGAUUACAGGAGGAUCCCUCUUAUCCUCAUAAAUCUUCUGAUACAUCACCUACUAUUCCAAAUGUCAAUUCAGAAGUUCACAAUUCUGAUAAUCCACCCGAUCCUGUUAAGUCCUGGGUAUCUUUUCUCAUGAAGUUACAUGCCAGUGGAUCAAAUAUGCAUUCAUCUCUUACCACAUCACUGAAUCUGUCUGACCCCGAUGACUCUUGUGAUAAGCAACUUCCUGUCCCAAAUAUGAAUUCAGGAUUUCGUACUUCAUCCAGAUCACCAUUGUUUACUAAUCUUGGGGAAUCCUACCCUGAUAAAUCCAAUGCUGUCACUCCAAACCUCCAACCAGAUCAUUAUAAUGUAGAUAGAAUACCAGACCUUGCUCAUCCUGGAAAACCUCAGACUGUCACCCAAGAUGUUCAUCGGGAAUUACCCAGUGUGGAUAGAACACCAAGUUCUCCGGGAUCCUCUCUCACAAAGUCUCAUGUCUUAAUCCAGUCAAAAUUAAACAAAUCUCUGGAUCCCUCGUAUUCUGUUGAAUCUUCUACUUCAUCACAGACUCCGGCAAAUAUACAUUCAAGUUUUGACAAGGCAGAUGGGUCAACAGAUUACCUUGAUCCCGGAGCAUCUUCUCUCCUGAAGUCACAUACCGUUAGCUCGAAUACCCAGGCAAUGAUUAGAAGAUCACUGGAUCCUUCUUACCCUGUUGAACCCUCUGAAAUAUCGCAUACUGCCCUAAAUAUCAAUGCAGGACUUCACAGUACAAGCAGAUCACUGCAUUCCUCAAAUCCCAAUGAAUCGUCUCUUGAUACAUCCCAUACUGUCACUCAAAAUAUCCAUCACUGUGCAGAUAGAGCACUGUAUCGUACAAAUCCAGAGGAAUCCUCUGCUGAAAUACCCGACGCCCCAGAUAUCCAUCACAGUGUGAAUAGAACACCGGAUCCUGAGGUGUCCUGCCCUAUGAGGUCACAUAAUAUUACCUCAAAUACAUAUUCAGAGUUUAAUUCUCCAGAUCCAUCUGACAAAUCCUCCCUUGAAUCACAUACUGCUCCUCAUAUCCAUUCAGGCCUACAGACCACAGAUAGUUCUCAGGAUCCCCCCAUUGAUUAUUUGUUAUCCAAUAAAUUACUCAUUACCUUGAAUGUCCAUCCAGAACUUUACCUUAUGGAUAAAUCAUCCAUUCCUUCUUAUCCCGAAGAAUACUCUUCCAUUAAGUCACUAAUUAUUAGCCCAAAUAUCCGUUCUUUACGUGGGAGAUCACCGGAUCCUUCUUCUGAUGAACCUUCUGAUAAAUUGCAUACUGCUCCAAAUAUCAGUCUUGGAUUUCAGAGUGAGGACAGAUCACUGCAUUCUUCUUAUUCCGAGUUAUGUUCUGUCGCCCCAAAUAUCAAUUCGGAAAUUCACAGUGUGGAUACAAGCCUGGAUCGUGAGGUAUCUGAUCACAUGAAAUCACAGACUGUUACCACAAAUUUACAUUCACUUAACAGAUCACCAGAUUCGUGUUAUCCCGAUGAAUCUACUGCUAAGUCACAUUCGUCCCCAAAUAACUACGCAGGAGAUCACAUUCAAAGCAAAUCACUAGAAUCCCACAUAGCUGAGCUAUCUCCUCCCAAUGUAUCACUUAAUGUUGACUCAAAUGUCCUUCCUGAACAUGACAUUGCAAACAGAUCACCCAACAGCUCUUGUCCUAUGGAAUUCUGUCCCAUUAAGUCAUCCAUUGUUUCCCCCGAUAUCUGUUCAUUUAACAGAUCACCAGAUUCCUAUUAUUCUGAUGUAUCCUCUGAUGAAUCACCCUCGUCUCCAAAUAUCCAUGCAGGACAUCACAGUGAAAACAGAUCACCAGAUCUCUCCAUAGCUGAGCAGUUUUCUCCCAAUGUAUUACUUAAUGUUGACUCAAAUGCUCUACCAGAACAUCAAAGUGUGGAUAGAUCACCCAGCCACUCUGAUCCUAAGGAUUUAAUUCCCAUGGAGUCACACACUCUUAUGCCAAAUGUAGGAUCAGCAUUCCCGAGUGCGGACCGAUCACCAGGUCCCUCUAAACUUGACGAAUAUUCUAUUGAUGCAUCAAAUAUUCAUCCAAAAAGCUCUAUUAGAUCUCUGGAUCCGAUUUAUAAUCCCGAGGAACCUUCUCCUACCAAAAUGUAUACCGUUUGUCCAAUUACUCCUCCAGGACUUCAGAUUGUAGAUAGAUCACCAGAUCCUGAAGUAUCUUUUCACGCAAUGUCACAAUCGGUUAAUCAAGAUGCUCAUCUAGAACGUCACAAUGUGGAUAGCCCACCCAGUCCCUCUAACCCAAAAGAACCUAGCUCCAGGGAAUUACCUCCUAUUACAACAAAUAUUCUUCAAGAACUGUGCAAUGCUCCCCCAUGUCUGGAUUCCUCUGGCCUUAACACAAUGUCGCAAUCAGUUUCUCAAGAUGCUCCUCUAGAACGUCACAAUGUGGAUAGCCCACCCAGUCCUAACCCAAAAGAACCUGGCUCCAUGGAAUUACCUCCUAUUACAACAAAUAUUCUUCAAGAACUGUGCAAUGCUCCCCCUUGUCUGGAUUCCUCUGACCUUCACACCAUGUCACAAUCAGUUACUCAAGAUGCUCCUCUAGAACGUCACAAUGUGGAUAGCCCACCCAGUCCCUCUAACCCAAAAGAACCUGGCUACAUGGAAUUGCCUCCUAUUACAACAAAUAUUCUUCAAGAACUGUGCAAUGCUCCCCCAUGUCUGGAUUCCUCUGGCCUUCACACAAUGUCGCAAUCAGUUACUCAAGAUGCUCCUCUAGGACGUCUAAAUGUGGAUAGCCCACCCAGUCCCUCUAACCCAAAAGAACCUGGCUACAUGGAAUUACCUCCUAUUACAACAAAUAUUCUUCAAGAACUGUGCAAUGCUCCCCCAUGUCUGGAUUCCUCUGGCCUUAACACAAUGUCGCAAUCAGUUUCUCAAGAUGCUCCUCUAGAACGUCACAAUGUGGAUAGCCCACCCAGUCCUAACCCAAAAGAACCUGGCUCCAUGGAAUUACCUCCUAUUACAACAAAUAUUCUUCAAGAACUGUGCAAUGCUCCCCCAUGUCUGGAUUCCUCUGACCUUCACACAAUGUCACAAUCAGUUACUCAAGAUGCUCCUCUAGAACGUCACAAUGUGGAUAGCCCACCCAGUCCCUCUAAUCCAAAAGAACCUGGCUACAUGGAAUUACCUCCUAUUACAAGUAUUCUUCAAGAACUGUACAAUGCUCCCCCAUGUCUGGAUUCCUCUGGCCUUCACACAAUGUCGCAAUCGGUUACUCAAGAUGCUCCUCUAGAACGUCACAAUGGGGAUAGCCCACCCAGUCCCUCUAACCCAAAAGAACCUGGCUACAUGGAAUUACCUCCUAUUACAACAAGUAUUCUUCAAGAACUGUGCAAUGCUCCCCCAUGUCUGGAUUCCUCUGGCCUUCACACAAUGUCACAAUCAGUUACUCAAGAUGCUCCUUUAGAAUGUCACAAUGGGGAUAGCCCACCCAGCCCCUCUAACCCAAAAGAAUCUAGAUCCUCGGAAUCACCUCCUAUUACAACAGAUAUUCUUCAAGAACUAUGCAAUGCUCAUCGAUGUCUUGAUUCCACGGGCCUUCAUGAGUCUUUUCAAGCUCCCGCCCUAAAUAUCUACUAUGAAAAUCCUAGUGCUCAUAAUUUAGCUGAUCCCUUUGGUCCUGAGGAACUUGCACCCAAUGGGUCUCUUGCUAACACGCCAACUAACCAUCCAGAAAUUUGCAGCUUGGAUAAAUCACCUAAAUCCUCUGAGGAAUCUUCUUUGGAGAAGUCAUAUUAUGUUCUCCCAAACAUCCAAUUAGAACCUCACAAGGCUGAUCAAUCCCCAGACACCUCAAAUCUUCAGGAAACCUCUUUCAAGCAGACAUUUACGGUUACCCCAAAUAAUGCCUUGGCACUUCAUCAAACACUGGAAGCCUCUAAUUCUGAGGAGCAUUCUCAAGAUAAGUCACGUGCCCUAACCAUAAAACCCUCUAACCCGAGGCCGUCUCUUCCUGACCGAUCGGGUUGUGCGACUGGAAAUGCAGAUAAAAAUGGUCUCAGAGAAAUUUCAUGUCCAGUAUGUGGCCGAAGUUUUAGACGCCAGCCAAUAUUUCUGAAACAUUGGGGAAUUUACUGUGGGAAAAUCUUUAAAGAAAAGCCUUCUCGUAAGAAAAAACCUGACAAAAAGUCAUCCCCACCUGCUAAACGGGGAAAAUUGUUUAAAAAGAAAGAAGUUGUUCUCAAAGAACCAGAUACUCAGCAGUCCACGGGGCCUUAUCCAUGUCCUGAAUGUGGGAAAUUCUAUUCGCAGAAGUCAAAUCUCCUCCAGCAUCGGAGAAUUCAUACCGGCUUGAAGCCCUUUUCCUGUCUACAUUGCGGGAAGACAUUCACCAAGAAAAUAAGUCUUGUGACUCACAUCCGAAUUCAUUCUGGGGAAAAGCCAUUCAAGUGCAAACAGUGUGGGAAAUGUUUUGGCCAGCAGGGUCACCUCGAUAGACACCGCAAAAUGCACACUGGGGAGAAGCCCCAUCCAUGUCCUGAAUGCGAUAAAUCCUUCCUUCAGAAAUGUGAUCUGGUUAAACACCAGAGGAUUCACACGGGACAGAGACCUUAUCUGUGUCCUGAGUGUGGGAAGUCCUUCACGGAAACGUCAGGCCUUAAAAGACAUCGAAGACUUCACCGGUGAGAAAUAUCGACUACUGUGAUUUUCUUCAAGACACCAAAUCUGACCCAUCACAAAAUUCACACAAGAUAAGCGGGAAACCUAAUCGGAAGACCAGGUCCUGAAUUUGAUAAAGCCUUCCUUCGGAAAUGCUAUCUGGUUAAACACCGGAGGAUUCACACAGGACUGAGACCUUAUUUGUGUUCUGAGCGUGGGAAGUCGUUAACGGAGACCUUAGACCUUAAAAGACAUUGACGAUUUCAUAGGCGAGAGAUAUUGACUACUGUGAUCUUCUCCAAAAGACCAAAGACUACUGACAUAUUGACUACUGUGUUCUCCUCUAAUGCACACGGUCAGAAUUUCCAACAACAAAUGUUCGAUGUGAGCUUUUGGUCGGAUAUUCUGACCGUGUGUAGGCUCCA